UGACAUUCAGCGCGGCGGUGAUCCUGACGACGACGACGACGAUGACGAAGACAACGACGACGACGAUGAGGAGGAGGAGGAGGAGGAGGGACAACAACAACGGAAAGAGGGGGAUUUGGGAACUGAAUACCUUGUCCGCCCAACAGGCCCUGAUGAGGAGGAAGAUGCAUCCAGUGAUUUUGAUCCAGAUCAGAAUGGCCGCCAUGACGAGGAUGAGGAUGUUGAGAAAGACAAUGUUCCAUCAAAAAGAAAGAGGUCAGACAAAGAUGACGACGAAGACGAUGACGACGAGGAUGGAGGAGAAGACGAUGAAAGACCCUCUAAGCGAUAGAGUUUGGUCGGUUCAACAUAAUAUCACCAUGUGUUUAACAUAUAUCUCACAAAAAGAAAGUAUAAAUAGGUUCAUGGAAUUGUUUCUUGCUCAUUUGUAUUGUCAUGGCGCAGCAACGUUAUUAGGCCUUUUUUACUAGUUUGGUCGGUUCGUUGUCAAUAAUGGGUUAUGGUUUGGUGAUCUCUUGGUUAUGGUGCAGCAGAUGGUAGAUAAUAAUAUAAUGUGCAUUCCACCUCUAGA